CACACUGGUAGAAAAAUAUGACCCAGAGAGGAGCUCCUGCGCUUCAGCACUCAAGACAACAGUUUAACUGCGAUUAACUGUAGACUAUUUUAAAAAAAAAAAAAAUCACUGAUCUUCGCUCAUUCUGGUCACCACCGUUUCACAUUAUCCCCUCUACUGCUGUGCGUCUCCAUUCUCUUUUUUGCGCUGGAUCUUUCGUGCCAGAAAAUGUGUGUGGAGAGCGAUGGAUGCGAGAUUGAAGGCUGCAGCAGUUCGGAUGAGGUGCGCACACUGUCGGGCAGCAUGAGUCCCGGACUGAAAUCCAACCCGGACCUUCACCCGUGUAAACCCGGGCAGAAAUUCCGCGCCGCUCUGCUCAGAUGUCGCUCACCGACUGCUGCCGCCGGGAUCCUCAGUUUUGGGAAUGUCCUCAAUUACAUGGAUAGAUACACUGUAGCCGGUGUCCUGCUUGACAUCCAGCGGCAUUUCAAUGUAUCAGACAGUGGAGCCGGCUUGUUGCAAACAGUCUUCAUCUGCAGCUUCAUGGUGGCAGCUCCCAUCUUCGGUUACCUGGGCGACCGCUUCAACAGAAAGGUCAUCCUGAGCUGUGGCAUUUUCUUCUGGUCCAUUGUUACUCUGUCGAGCUCCUUCAUCAGUAAAGAGUACUACUGGCUGUUUGUGCUCUCCAGGGGACUGGUGGGCAUCGGGGAAUCCAGCUACUCUUCCAUUUCUCCCACCAUCAUAGGAGACCUCUUCACCAAUAACAGCCGGACCAUGAUGCUCUCUGUCUUCUACCUGGCCAUCCCGCUGGGAAGUGGGCUGGGAUAUAUCCUGGGCUCCAGCGCCAAGGAGGCUGCAGGAGACUGGCACUGGGCACUGAGGGUGUCCCCUGUGUUAGGGAUAACCGCGGGGACUCUGAUCCUGCUCUUUGUGCCUGAGCCCAAGAGAGGCUGCGCCGACCAGCUGGGAGGACGCAUCAAGACCCGCACCUCCUGGUUCUGUGACAUGAAGGCUCUCGCCAAGAAUCGGAGCUAUGUGUUUUCCUCCCUGGCGUCUGCGGCAGUAUCUUUUGCCACAGGUGCAUUUGGUAUGUGGAUUCCUACCUACCUGUUCAGAGCCCAGGUGGUGCAGAAGACGGCGGAAGCCUGUACUCAAGAGAUCUGCAGCAGUAAAGACAGUCUGAUCUUCGGGGCAAUCACCUGUGUGACCGGGUUGUUGGGUGUGGUGAUCGGGGCGGCCACCACGCGCCUCUGCCGCCAGAAGACCGAGCGAGCUGACCCGCUCGUGUGCGCCGUCAGCAUGCUGGGCUCGGCCAUCUUCAUCUGCCUCAUCUUCGUUGUGGCCAAAAAGAGCAUCGUAGGAGCUUAUGUCUGUAUCUUCAUAGGAGAAACGCUGCUGUUCCUGAACUGGGCCAUCACGGCAGACAUUUUAAUGUUUGUUGUGAUCCCCACGCGGAGAGCUACGGCUGUCGCCUUUCAGAGCUUCACCUCUCACCUUCUAGGUGACGCUGGAAGCCCGUACCUGAUAGGCCUGAUCUCAGACGCCCUUCAGGAGAGCUAUGCUACGUCAGUGCUGUGGCAGUUCCUCAGUUUGGGCUAUGCCCUCAUGCUCUGUCCCUUUGUCAUCGUCCUGGGGGGCAUGUUCUUCCUGGCGACUGCUCUGUUUUUCCUGGAUGACCGGGAGAAGGCCGAGAAACAGUUGAACCAGCUGACACGGCCGCCCUCCUCCGUCAAGGUAUGACCAGGUGACAACCAAGUGAGGGGCCAUCCAAAAGAGCAACCAAACUAAAUAAGGAUGACAAAAAGGAGAUAAACAGCGAGGGCAGCUGAUCCACAUCUUUAAAACCACGCCAGUGUCCUCAUCAUCGUCACUGCCGCCGCCACCUAAAUCAUCCUCCUCUUGGCUCCCACUCUUCCUCUGUACAUGCUCUGUACAUGGAGGCUGUUAAUAACUGGAAAAGAGGGAGCGUCUUGCCCCUCCUCUACACACCUCUAAAUCACAGGUCGGUGAGAAGGCACACAGCAGUGUGUUGAAGCCGGCCAGGCUGACAGCUGGUGUCCUCUUCACCUCUGUCAGCAAGGAUCCACUGAACCUUCCAGGGAGGCGGUGGGGCGGUAAGACCCCCCGUGACCCCGCUACCACCCCGCUCCCGAUGCCAUACUACUGAAUGCUGACCAUGAACCUGCCCUGUUUGUCUGCCUGUCUGUACAAUGGUCUGUCUGUCUGUGUCUGUCUAUCUGUGUCUGUCUGUCUGUUACAUCGGCUGUCAAUCUGCACCAAGUGCCAUAGCGUCAUUACAUUCCUUCAGACUUUGCACUGACCACCAUCAACCUUCAUGGCGUCACUGGUUAUGUUUACAUGCACACUAUAAAAAUUUUUGCCCGUACUUUGACUAUGAGACUAGUGUGAUUUAGCGGUUUCCAUACACAGAGCAAAUGUGUGUGUUAUUUUUCAAUACUAUUUUCAUGGAUCAUUGCAUACUGGAGUACAUCAUUUGCUGUUAGUGACCAUUUCCCUCCUGUCCUAAACUGCAGUCGCUUUUCUGCCUUGGUUUUUCUGUUUCUUUCAUGCAAAUUUUUUGCACAGUUCAUUCAGUGCUGACAUUAAACGCAUGGAGCCUUUAUGUAAACAGAUAGCAGCAAGUAAGUGAGGCCACUCCUUAAAAUAUGCUGAACAAAACUGUUUGGAAAGUGGUGUUUAUGUGUUCAAACAACCCUCCAGUAGUUUGGUUAAUAUCUUAUUACUCAACUUGUCUCUGCUGCAGUGUUAAUAAAACAAAAUUCACAGCGACAUGAUUAGAUUAGAGCAUUUACAUGAUGAAUGCAUUAAUCGCAGUAUUCUCAUAAUCGCAUCAAGAUCAAAGUUUUGCUGUGCAUGUAAACAUAACAGUUAAUGAAAGGCCAAAUAGUGUUACUGUCUAAAGGUCAGUGAAUCAGCCUUAAGACUUGGAGCUUUCACAUCAACAGAACAAGCAAGCAGUUUCUAUUGAUCCUCAUGUCUUUUUUUUUUUUUUUUUUUUUUUUUUUACUUUUAGCACUUAUAGUAUAUCAAUGUAGACGGUGCCAGAAAACAUGACAGAGAUGAAAGAUUUCUGCACAUUACUUUUCACAAGCUUUCUUGUGAUUUUCUUUUAUUCGUCUGUGUGAUGUUGGAUUUGAAACUGGAGGUUACUGCCUAUGAUUGUUUCAGAGGGAUGAUGCAAUCCAGGCAAUGUAGAGAGGACACUGGAUUAUAUGUUUUAUAAUUUUUAAUGUACAUGUCUUUCCCAAAAAAACAAACAAAAAAAGUAAUGCUAUUCUUUAAACUUGGAGCCAUUUUAAAGAGUAACACCUGUCUUUGUGUACACGAGAAGCAAUACAAGAAUUUUAAUGUCAAGGAAAUCCAACCUCUCAUCCACACUGCCUUAUCAGUGAGCUGAGGUUCCCUUUAAAGGGUAGGCUCUCUGAUGGCUGGUUUUGAAUUUCUGGACACAACACCCACAUAGAGACGGAGUCACUUUUAACGAUGGAUUCCAGUCUGCGCUAGUCACAAUAACAGGCAUUGUGAGAAGAGACCCUUCCCUUCGCAAUUGUAGAUAUCUCAUUCCAUGAUUAGAAGAAAGGACCUUUGAAAAAGAGCUGGAGCCACAGUCGUCAGUUUAUUAGUGAGGGAAAUCAAAAUCCCGGACAGGAACUGCAAAUCUAUUGGCCCCAGGUUAGACUGACAGAAAGCUUUUAUCGGCGAUAAAGGAUAAGCAAUGAAUCCCCCUGAAACCGAACCAGCAUGCCCCCAGAUGUCACAGAGAAAGAGAGUUUGGGCAUUACAUAAAAGCACCAGAAUACCACAUAGAGGUGUAUGUAGGAAACAGAGGUACACGCUCUGAACUGCACAAUCUGCAAGAAACAUUGUGGCCUGCCUGGAUUUUAUUUCUCCAUCACUCUAUGCAUCAACAACAGCAUCACAUUUUUAGUUAUGCAAAUUCAAUGCAAUCUACCACAAAGAACAAUAUGUCAGAGGGAAAGACGACAGCUAGCUGUGUGUAAAUACUUAAGCCUGAUCAGAAGUACUCUUGAAGGGUAAUAUUUUGGAGUGUAUUGCAGUUUUUUUUUUCUGAACCCUUGAAACCACAAAUGGACUCAGUGGUUUCAAAACUUCUGGAUAAAGGGAAAAGCACCUUGCAGACCUCCAAGAAACACAGGAGGGGGAGGAGGAGGAGGACAGACUGAACUUUGCAGAAAAAUAAAAGCAAGGCUUUGAGAUGGUUCUUGUAGCAUUGGUAUGUGAGUGUGACUCACUAGAUGUGUGCGGGGUGCUGUGUGGGCUGUGUCCUUGUUUGCCAGAUCAUUAGCUUUAGCUUCUCUCAAACUGUGUGGAGCUCUCUGAAUGUGAUUCUGUCCAACCUGACGUGUUUACACACCUACAUCAUCUUAAUGAAGCUUCUUACCUUCCUUUUAUCAAAUUUCUUUUUUUUUUCUACCAAAUGAGUUUUAUAAAAUGACUACAGUAGAGAUCUAUCUAUAUAUAUAUAUAUAGCUAUAUCAUGCAGCAACUUUAAUAUAUUGUAAAUGAUGGCUUGGAAGCAAUGUAUUUAUUUGUUUGGUUUGUUACCAUAAUGAAGAAUAAUCUGUAAAGGGAAGUUUAAGGUAGUAUAUGACAAUUGUUGUUUGUCUUUGGGUUUAGAAAUGCUUGUAUGUUCAUCCUAUUGUAUCACAAUGAAACAACACAAUACCUUUUUACAUCACUAAGGUUCAUGGUGUUUACUGUGAUCAUGAAUUGGACAUCUCACAUAGAGAAACAUGUUGCACACACACACACACACACUCACACACCCACACAAGGAACUGCAAUGUGAUAAUUUUGAAGACAAUGUAUUGGCCUCCUCUUUGUGGCACAAUACUUUUUCAUUCAUUUUUGUAGCUGUUCGAUGUUUCUUUUUGUAGAACAACCGUUUUGCACGCUUAAUGUUCAGGGAUUUAUGUUAACCAUCGUCUAGCAUCCACUUCACAGCCUCGACCACACUUCAUGCUCACAGUAAGUGCUGACGUUUUGCCAUUUAUCUUCAGAAGGGAAGCUGGCUCUGGUUGGAUGGGUCAUGAAUUGAGUUUCACCUUGCCAAAUUUAGCUGAUUUAGCAUCAAUCCUUUAGGAGUAUAAGUCUGUUGUAUAUCAAAUAAUAUUGUGUAAUAAUCACUGAAGUGAUGUAUUGAGAAUGUGCUAUUUCUUGUCAUACAAGAAUUGUGUAUAAAGAAACCUAUUUCUGAUGUUGAGCAGAAAACAGAGGUUAUUUUUUAUUUUUAGAGCAAGUCAGUACACAAGACAAAAGUGAGAGAAAUCAAACAAUAUUAUACUAGAAAUGAACUGUGAUGCUCCCUUUGGGGUUGAUAUAAAAUGUACACGUCUCUGUAAAUCAAAUAAACUUAUUUAAUCAAUUCA